AUGGCGGGCCUUAAUGCCGCUGGCUUUGAGCAGAACGUUGGCUCGACGGACAUGAGUGCCGAUGACGGGACAGUGACCAAUUUUAUGGCUAUCGGGCAAGCCCGCGAUGACGUUUUGCGAAUGAAGCUGGACCAGGCGGGCGACUCAGCAACAGGCCAGACAACCAUCGACCCGCGUGGAUAUCUAACAUCACUGAACACCCUGGGUACGCAAAAUGCAGCUGAAAUCGGCGAUAUUUCGCGUGCCCGCACGUUGCUCAAAUCGCGGCCCGUCCUGGAAGAGAUUGCGAAGAAGCUGGGCAAGGCGCGGUCGAUUAUCGCCGAGGGGUGCGAAAACUGCCCAAAGAGCGAGGAGGUGUGGCUGGAGGCAGCCCGGCUCAAUACGCGGGAGACAGCCAAGGUGAUCUUGGCCAGCGCAGUCCGCAACCUGCCGCAGUCGGUCAAGGUCUGGAUGGCAGCGGCAGACCUGGAGGCAGCGUCGCACGAUGUCAAGGCGCAGCGGCGGGUGCUGAGACGCGCAUUGGAGUUUGUGCCCACCUCGGUUGUUUUAUGGAAGGCAGCACUGAUUCCGCUCAGCAUCGAUCUGUGGCUCGCACUGGCGCGGCUCGAGACGUACGAGAAGGCGCAGAAGGUGCUGAACCGCGCCCGCCGUGCUGUGCCCUCGAGCCACGAGGUUUGGAUCGCGGCUGCGCGGCUCGAGGAGCAGAACGAGCACACUGGACGGUCCCUGGGCCAGCACGGAACAACCAUGGACCGUGACGCAUGGCUCGACCAGGCAGAAAUAUGUGAGACCGACGGAUACCCGUCUGUGUGCCAGGCCAUUGUCAAGGCCACGGCCAGUCUGGGAUUCGAUGGGAACGAGUCUGCCGAGGACCAGGCAGACGUGUGGGCAUCCGAGGCUGACCGGUUUAUGCAGCAUCGGGCUGUGGUCACUGCGCGGUCUCUCUAUGAGCUUGCGCUAGAAGCUACACCGGCCAGCAUGGACAUGUGGCGAAGUGCAGCCGAUCUGGAGCGCGAGCAGGGCUCGAUCGAGGACCUGGAGGCGCUGCUGAAGCGCGCUGUGCAGUACUGCCCACAGGCAGAGGUUCUAUGGCUGAUUGCCGCGAAAGAGAAAUGGACGAAGCAGAACGACGUGGAAGGCGCUAGGCAGAUCCUCGAGGAGGCGUUCAGGGCGAACUCAGGAUCGGAGGCCAUUGUGCUGGCGGCAGUCAAGCUGGAGAGCGAGAACGGGCAGUACCAGCGUGCGCAGUUGCUGCUCCAGCGAGCCCGCACGACAGAGUUUGACGGGCAGAUGGGCACUGCCCGGAUCUGGAUGAAGAGCACGGUGCUGCUGAGGCAGUUGGAUGACCUUGAUACAGCGCUUUCUCUGGCCAAGGAAGGGUUGGACAGGUUCCCCCAGUGCUACAAGCUGUGGCUCGUGCAGUCGCAGAUCGAGAUCCAGAUGGAGCAGUACGAGGUGGCCCGCCAGACGCUGUCAAACUCGCUGAAGCACUCGCCGCACCUCAACCUGCAUAUCCGUGCGCGAGCCAUCCUGGAACGUGCCCGUGUCUACAACCCAAAGUCGCCGAGGCUGUGGCUGGAACAAGCGCGGCUGGAAGCCGACGUCAUUGGCAAUGUGCCAGUCGCCCGGACGCUGCUCUCGCGGGCCCUCCAAGAGUGCCCAAAGUCGGGUCUCCUCUGGGCUGAAUCCAUCCUGCUCGAGCAGCGACCGCAGCGCAAGGCCAAAGAUGACCCGGCGAUCACGUGCAUGAUUGCCCGGCUGUUCUGGUCCGAGCGGCGUAUCGAGAAAGCCCGGACCUGGUUCGAGCGCGCGGCAGCAGCCGACCAGGACUACGGCGAUGCGUGGGCGUGGUGGCUCAAAUUCGAGGUUGACCAGGCGGCACGUGCCGACGAACAGCUGAUGCUUGAUGAGCGGAUCAAGGCGAUCGAAGAUGCAUGCAUGAGGGCCGAUCCGCACCACGGCCAGGUGUGGCCAGUGGUAUCCAAGGAUCCCAAGAAUGCCCGUCUUUCUACAAGAGACAUCCUGCACAAGGUAUCGGAAAGGCUGGGCCAGCUGCGCCAACUGUGA